AUGUCGUUCCCAUGGACCUUCUCCUCUCCUCCGUUCCACUACAUGCUGCGUGCGUCUGGGCAGAGUGAGGUAUGGAGCGACACACAGCCAGAGGACAAGUUCCAUCAGUACGGCUGGCGCUGCGGAACCAGUGAGGACGGAUAUGGUACCGGGACUCUGAUCGGUAACUGGGUCGAACAACAAAAAGAUAUCACUCAAUACCGGAAAGCCAGACCCCUACCAUCACAGGUUAGACCCCUACCUUCACAGUUCUCUCACUACUUUGACUCCACCUACUCCUCCUCCUUUAACCGUGAAGAGAAGAGACCCAUCUACAGCUUGAGGAAGGAGUCCAAGAGUUCCCCGGGCCACCAGCUGGAGUUAGACCUCCCCCCAACAACUCCUGCUACCGGAGGGACUACACCAACACCAGUCACACACCACACCCCGUCUGGGACUGUGAAGCUGCAGGAUGCCAGGGUACAGCAGGAGAACACAGCAGGCAGAGCAGCAUCCUUCUGACCCCUCAAUAAAUACUGAUAAGAGUGGUUCACUUAGUAGCGUAUCAGUGAAUGUGGACUACAAUGUGUGUGUGUUUACUGUAUUUGCAGCCUUUGGAGCCAAACAUUAUUUUGGAUCAACUCCCCCUGUUCCCUCUCUUAC